AUGACUGCCCAACUACCUACCUAUGUAUGUAACUACCUACCUUGUGUACUUUGGGCGAAAGGAGGAGGCGUCGUGACAACAUUCUCUCAAGUGGGCCGCACGAGUAAUUACCUACAUACACCAUACACGUGCCGCAACGCGCCAUCCCCGACGGUCAGCAUGCCUGCCGCUCUAGCAGAGGCCGCCGUGAGGACUGGCCAAGAAGAGUACCGCGCCAAGCGUUACAAGGCCGCGCUGGAACAUUUUACCAGGGCUAUGCGCUUGUGCAAAUGCAACCGCGGUGUCAAGAGGGAUCGCUGCGCGUGCAAGAACUUUGAGGCGGUGGCGGACAAGGGUGGCUCCAUCUUCCACGAGGCCAUGUACACCUGCUCCUGUGCUGUCGGCAAGACGUUUAACAAGUGCGACAAUCCUGUCCACAUCAAGGCGUUGGACUAUAGGGCGGCCACGUUUGAGUCGCUCAAGGAGCUGGACCGGGCCAGACGAGAUGCGGAAUGGAUACUGGAGCUUGCGCCUCGCUUCCCCGAUGGCUAUCUACGCUUGGGCAAAAUUGCUCGUCUGCAGAAAAAGGAUGAAUUUGCAUGGAAGGUGUACAGCGCUGGGGUCGAUGCUGGUAAUGCGAACCGCAUGGCCAGCAGUCCGAAAAUCCAAAUUCUGUCGCAAGGAUCCUGUCCGCCUACCGUCAGAAUUGUUGAUCUGGAUCCUCUCAUACUGCAAUCUGGUCCAAAGAGUCGGACACUCACAUCGCGCGACUUUGUCAGUCUGUGGCGAGACCUCGACUUUACCGGCUCCUCGACCCCGCGACGACCACCCCGCCUCGACUUUCUCAGGAAGCUCGUCGCCAGUGCCGGACGCGACGUGCGGCGGAUCGUCAUUGAGGAAAAGAGUCACCGCUUCCAGCUCUCCCAGGCCAAACUUUUCGCGCUGGUCCAGGGCGCCCCCCGGCUGGAACAUCUCGACCUGAGCUUCCCCGACCACACCCUCAAACUGCCGCCCACCGCGGGCCUGUGCAAAACCCUCAAAACGCUCUCGCUGCGUAUGUUUGCCACGGAACCAAAGAAGAAUAUCGUCGGCCUGGAUUAUAUACCAAUGUCGGCCUAUCCGUUUGAGCUACUGAACCCCGUAGCAGAAACGAUAGAAACACUCCAUCUGUCUGGCUUGCCGAUGAGCUGGUUCCGAGAGCAAGACGUGCCGUUUAUGCCCAAGGUGAAGCAUUUGCGCUUGCAGAUGCGCCCCGGAUCCACGGUUCUCUUCCCAAUUCUUCAUGUCGGUUCCAAGACGCCUGCGCUGGAGCAGCUGUGGCUGCAAGACACACUGCCCGACCGCUCUAGCGACUGGGAAGACCAGUGGAGCAAGAUCUGGCCCAACUUCAAAGCUCUGGUUGUCGCAGGGGGCAACACUUCCACGGCCGCGCGCUUUGCCAUCACCCUCACCAUACGUCUCCUGUCUUCGCUCAACCACGGCAACAAGCUGGAGUAUAUUGACCUCGAUCUGCCCUGGAGCCCCAACCCUGACGCCGUCGCCAUCGAGCCUCUGACGCUCGACCCUGGCCCCGCCGUCCAAAAGGUCUGGAACAUGACCGGCACCGUGCUGGACCCCGAGAACAAUUGGCAAAAUGAGUACAAGAGCCUACGGACCAUCCGGCUGGCAAACGCCGUGCUAGACCCGGAGAGCCUGCAGCAAGUCGCCCAGGGCCAGGCGGCCGCCGGCCGACUCGACACCUUGGACAUCGUGUUCCCGCCCGAGUCCCUGGCCACGGCGGCCGGCGCGGCCAGCACCGCGCACCUCGCCAAGUACCAGUGGCUGGCGGGAGCGCCGGGCCUCUGCUGCAUGGCGCUGUCGCAUUUUCGGUUUUGCCCGUUUCCCAGGACGGCAGACGACAUGCCCCUGCCGACGUUUCUCGCCACGUUUCCGAGACUGGAGACGCUCGAGAUCCGGUCCGACCAUUACGACGAGGCGGAGAUGUGCUCCGUUAUUUCUGCCAUUAUAAAAGAAACAAAGACGAUAAAGCUCAUAUACCAGAGCCAAAUACGAGGCGCGUUAAUGGACAAACUUGGAACGGCGGCGGCGAAACUUGGUGUCAAGGUCGUCUUUGGCGACCGGCCAAGGGAAUGGCCUGUUCCGGUCACGCCAUAG